AUGCCCAGACUGUCGCCGAUCAACCCCAAUCCAUAUCACUUUCCAUACGCAACCAAGUGGUCCGCGUAUGGGAUGAAUUAUGAAAAAACUCUGCAUCAUUGUGCUCCUGGGUAUCGGACGUUCUUCGAUCAUUUUGAGGAAGAUGAUUUUCUAUGGAGACCCUAUCUUGAGCUUGAAGAUAAGGAUCCAACUGAAAGCAAUAUGUGGAGUUCUACAACAUUCAUAUUUUCUUUCACUUAUGUUGAAAUGCAUCAUUCAGAUAGGGUGAAACUCCAAUUUGGAAUUAAACAAGACAUUCCUGGUCCACCUACAUGCAUGGAAAGGUACCACAAGAGUACAACGAACGACCAAUGGAAAUUCGAUAAUUGGAGAGACCAUAACAGACAAGAACGUCAGCACUGGAUAAAUCGUCGUCGCACUGUUCUACGAGGAAAUGUCAUGGAUACCGAAUGUAAACCUAGUAGGGAAUACAUGAGUUGGUAUAGAUCUGUGACCAAUUUGGAUCUAUCACAAAAUAGAUACUUGUAG